AUGCCAGAAGUUCUCAAUUUUCUGCACUCACGUGAAGGAAGAAGCGACGACAGCACGAAAUUAAAUGUAUCUAGAAUCAUUUCAGUGCCUCUGAAUCACUCCUGCAGUAAGUCGAAGUUAAGGGGUAGAUUACAUGUGUUAUUAGGAAAAAACCAUCUAGGUACAAGGGUUCUAGGCACAAGCAAUUUGCAUAAAACAAGAUCGAUCGAUGCUGCGCAAUUAACAAGAACAAUUGGCGAUCCAUUCUCGAUUCGGGUUUCAGGCUUUUGGGAGAAAACAGUACAGCUUUCACAACAGUCCUUUGAGUGUUUUGGAUCUGGUUCAGCUCCAUUACAUUUUUGGUUGUUUAGAGUUUUACGUAGUGUAAAAAAGUGGUUUUUUUUGCGAAAUUUAACUUUUCAGAAAUUGCCAUAUCUUUCUAUUAUUAUCAAUACUUGUACUUUGGAUAUUACUGCUGUUGCUAGUAUGAAUUCUUUUAAUUGGUUGUUGUUUUUAAUAUUUUAUUAUGUUUUUGUUAUUUUUCAUGGUGCUAAAAAAAGUAAUGAUUUGAGUUGUAAGUUGGUUACGUUAAUGUUGCUUUUCAAAUCGGGAUUGUAUGUAGACUAUAUUAUUUCAUAUUUUUUUUUUGGUUUUAUAUUGUUUUUAUAUUUCUGGAGUAGAGUUAUAUAA